AAACGCGCCAUGUUGUUAUUCCACCACGAGCUUUUUGACACAUUAGUCUAAUUAGCGAAUUCAGUCUCGAAAUAGCUUAAUGUAACGACCUAAAUACAAUUUCGUAUAUGUUCGCAUAGUGAUAAAUGGUUGGCUGGCAAGCUGGAAAAGACAGUUUUUACGUAAGCAUUCAAUUCUUAUUUGAAUGUAGCUACACGAAAUUCCAACAAUUUAACACUUAGCUAGCUGGCUAACUAAUUAGACAACAUGUGCCAGGUCGACGAAGAAUACAAUGGGCAACUGGAACACGUAGCAACCCCAAGUGUCUCCAAGAAAUGUGUCAAAUGCAAAGAAAGUACAGCUGUUUUGAUCAUACGAGCUGUAGAUGCAUUUUGCAGGUGCUGUUUCAAGGAGUACUUCAUACACAAGUUCCGGGCCAUGCUGGGAAAGAACCGGAUCAUAUUUCCUGGAGAGAAGGUUCUUCUUGCUGUGUCUGGAGGGCCAGCAUCUAGUUCCAUGUUGUCACAGGUUAAAGAGGGUCUGAGUCGAGACGCACCCAAAAAAUUGAGAUUUGUCCCUGGAAUCAUCCACAUAGAUGAGGGAGGUGCCAGUGGUCAAAGCAUGGAAGAUCGGAGGAGGGCAGUGGCUCAGGUGGAGUCUGUUCUCAGAUCCUCUAAUUAUCCUUACCACAUAGUCUAUCUGGAGCAGGCACUUAAUCUCCCCAGCUCAGUGCUAGAGGUGGGCUCCUCGGCUACAGAGAAACUUCAGACUGGGCCAAGUUAUAAAGCUGCUGUGGACCAAUUCAUCCAGACCAAUCAAAACCUGCACCCAGACCUCUUUUUGGAGAAUGCCUGGAGUCAUCUGUCCUCUCUCAGCAUGCAGGAGGUCCAGAAUGGACUAAGCAACCCCAUCACUCCUGAAAACACCCAGGCCCUUCAAAGACUGUUUGCCUCUGUGAGAACACUGACAGCCAAAGAGGAUUUGCUGCAGACACUGAGGCAGCACUUGAUUCUCCACACUGCGAGGACAGAGGGCUACACCAAGGUGAUGAUGGGAGACAGCUGCUCCCGUCUGGCCAUCAAACUGCUGAGCAACAUCUCCCUGGGCCGAGGGGCUUCACUGGCUAUGGACACAGGCUUCUCAGACUCUCGCUACGGAGACGUGGUCAUUGUCAGACCCAUGAGGGACUACUCCUCUAAAGAGAUAGCAUAUUACAACAGGAUGUUUGAUGUCCCCUCAGUCUUCAUCCCUGGCCUGGACACUAAGGCACAAGACAAGGCCAGCAUCCAGCGGCUGACAGAGAGCUUUGUCAACAAACUCCAGACGGACUUCCCCGCUACUGUCAGCACCAUCUAUAGAACCAGUGAGAAGCUCCACACAGCGUGUCCCCCACAGAACACCAAUAGCCCAACCUUUGAUAAAUGCCUGAUGUGCGCGUGUUCCCUGGACACCAACGCUGAGGAGUUCUCUGCCUUCAAGGCCACACUGAUCUCAGAGCAGCUGUCUCAGAGACGGGGCCCGGGCCCUGGUUUGAGCCUUGGUACAGCAGGAGCCCCAGGACCUCCUCCAGCCUCCUUCACAGGACAGGGACAGUGCCGUUCCUCUGAUGAGGGGCAGAGGCAGGGCUGUGGGUCCAGAGAGCCUGGCUGCUGCCUCUCGGCUGAGAUGCCAGCGACACUGGAUCUUAAAAGCCUCUUGUGUUACAGUUGUAGGCUGACCAUCAAGGACAUGACCGCAGUGGACAUCCUUCCCCAGUACAUCCUGGCAGAAGCUGAGAGGAAGAAGAGAAGGUCUCAUAUGAGGAAGGAGAUUAGUGAGUUCCUGCUAGAGGAAGAGGAUGAAGCCAAGACAUCUUGAGGGUCACAUUCCCUGUGACAGACAAAUCCCAGUGUUACCAGACAACGCCGAUGGCACACAGAUGGAGACUGCAUUGUUUAUUGAUGAAACUGGCUGCUCUGUUAUAGAUUUAGCAUUAGCGCCUAUGGCAACUAUACAGCCAAGGCCGUUAGCCUUGAUAACAUUUAAUUGUUUUUCAGUCAGUUAUUCUGUUAUAUUGUCUUUUAACUGCACCCAAAAUAAAUGUAUGUAUGGCACUGUUUGUAUGGUGAAUCUACCAUUAACUGAGGUAUUGCUACAAUGACUGAGUUGAAUACAGAAGUGUUUCCAUGACAGGAAUAAAAAUUAUUUUAUUUUUCAUUGAUUUAGGAGCUGAAUCACAUUGUAUUGGAAAUAAAAAAUAAGGUAUCUUUUACAAUAAAUCUCACAAUAACAAAA